ACGUAGGGGACACGUCACUGGAAGACAGCCAUCAAGCAUCCUGAGGUACUGAGGAUACCUCAAUAUCCUGGAGAAGGUAGUUGGGACUGCCAGUGUGACCUCACCCUCUCCAGUCACCCCUCCUCAGUUCCAGCUAUGAGUUCCUGCAACUUCACACAUGCCACCUUUGUGCUUAUUGGUAUCCCAGGACUAGAGAAAGCCCAUUUCUGGGUUGGCUUCCCCCUCCUUUCCAUGUAUGUAGUGGCAGUGUUUGGAAACUGCAUCGUGGUCUUCAUCGUAAGGACGGAACGCAGCCUGCACGCUCCGAUGUACCUCUUUCUCUGCAUGCUGGCAGCCAUUGACCUGGCCUUAUCCACAUCCACCAUGCCUAAGAUCCUUGCCCUUUUCUGGUUUGAUUCCCGAGAGAUUAGCUUUGAGGCCUGCCUUACCCAGAUGUUCUUUAUUCAUGCCCUCUCAGCCAUUGAAUCCACCAUCCUGCUGGCCAUGGCCUUUGACCGUUAUGUGGCCAUCUGCCACCCACUGCGCCAUGCUGCAGUGCUCAACAAUACAGUAACAGCCCAGAUUGGCAUCGUGGCUGUGGUCCGCGGAUCCCUCUUUUUUUUCCCACUGCCUCUGUUGAUCAAGCGGCUGGCCUUCUGCCACUCCAAUGUCCUCUCACACUCCUAUUGUGUCCACCAGGAUGUGAUGAAGUUGGCCUAUGCAGACACUUUGCCCAAUGUGGUAUAUGGUCUUACUGCCAUUCUGCUGGUCAUGGGUGUGGAUGUAAUGUUCAUCUCCUUGUCCUAUUUUCUGAUAAUACGAACGGUUCUGCAACUGCCUUCCAAGUCAGAGCGGGCCAAGGCCUUUGGAACCUGUGUGUCACACAUUGGUGUGGUACUUGCCUUCUAUGUGCCACUUAUUGGCCUCUCAGUGGUACACCGCUUUGGAAACAGCCUUCAUCCUGUUGUGCGUGUUGUCAUGGGUGACAUCUACCUGCUGCUGCCUCCUGUCAUCAAUCCCAUCAUCUAUGGUGCCAAAACCAAACAGAUCAGAACACGGGUGCUGGCUAUGUUCAAGAUCAGCUGUGACAAGGACUUUCAGGCUGUGGGAGGCAAGUGA